AUGGCGGGUUCAGAGGAAACCUCUCAAGCUUCCAGAUUGACUCUCAAUGCAUAUCAAACUGCGCUAUGCGUUGUUCCCCCUCUAUCUGUCGUUCAAGAUGCCAACCGGCUCCGUGCAUUGUACGACCAGGCGUAUGAGAAAUGGCCUGCGCACGUCAACCUUAUUUACCCCUUUGUAUCCGUCGAUCGCCUGACAACUGCAGUUAAUCUGAUUCGGCCAAAACUUGCCAGUUGGCUCUCAGAAAUUGGAGUCAAUGCUAUCCACCUUCGCCUCGAUAAACCAGCGUGCUUCCCACAGCGGAAUGGAAAUAUCAUCCACCUUGGACUAGAUGAUGAUGAAGGAUCUCUGAAGUUCACCGAACUCAGGAGUACGAUUAUGGAGGUUUUAAGGCUUCCCUCCAACGAACAGAACCGAGAAUAUCAUCCGCAUCUGACAAUUGGCUACAGUAAGCCCAAUGAUUAUAAUGCGCGAGAUUACCUAUUGGCAAAGGUAAAGUUGCUUCCACCCAUUGAAUGGAAAGUAGGACAGCUGGCUAUCAUGGUUCGCGAAAAGACAGCGGAUUCGUGCAAGAUGAGGUUAUGGGGCACCAUUGAUUUGGAUGGGGAUGCUAGCUUUAAUCGAAUCAUCGCUACUCAUGAUAAUAUGCAGGGGCGGGAACUUGCAAUAAAUCUGGAUUUGUCUUUGCAGGGGCUCCCGCUAACCCCACUACGCGGGUCCUCCGGCAGACCUCCAGUGGCUGAAUCUAGGGCUACCUACCGAUUUUCUGACGACGUUGGAAUCUGGGCUCCUGCGGAGUUAUCAAAUUUACCAGAAGAUAAAGAACAACUUCCUGGCACUCUUAUAGUGUCAAGCUACAACGUUCUUGUUGAUUCCAAACAUCCACCCGCAACGGAUAGGUAUCCAGCUCUUCUUAACACACUAAUUUCAAAUAACUCUGUGGCCGACGUGCUAUUACUUCAGGAAGUUUCAGAUAGCUUUCUGGCGUACCUCCUUGGGAACGAAAGGAUUCGAAAUAUUUACCCUUUUGCUACUCAUGGGCCCCCAGGGCAGGUGGGAAUUGGCCCUCUGCCGAGCCUACGAAAUAUCGUUGCGUUGAGCCGCUCGAACUUUAGCUGGAGUUGGCUUCCUUUUGAUACUCACCAUAAAGGUGCAGUUAUUCUCAAGCUCGACAGAAUUGGCACAAUGGAAGAAUCUGGUUUCGUUCCUACAAUAAUUGCUGGUGUUCACCUUUCCAGUGGUUUAUCGGACCACACUGUUACUAUGCGAGAACGCCAGCUCCAAAAAUUACGGGACCUCCUUUUAGUGAACUAUACCAGCAAUCCUAAAGUUGUUGCAGGUGAUUUCAACAUGACUACCUCUGCCGUAACACAUGAAGAGGCGGUUGAAGCGAAAGCAAUAUCCACAGAAACUGCAGCGACCCUUCCUGUUCUCGAAUCUUUUUUCCUAUCUGCUGGAUUUUUGGAUUCUUGGUUUGUGGCACAUACCACGAUGGGAGACAAGAUGUUGCCAUCUCGACUUGAACGGGACUUUACGCAGCUCUACGACGGGGAGCAGGGUGCUACCUUCGAUCCCCUUGAAAACCCCCUAGCAGCAAUCUCAUCCAUCAGCUCUGCAAAUCCAAGACCCCAUCGAUAUGAUAGAGUCCUCUACCAAGAAGACAAGUUGAGAGUUAUCCAAUUCAAUAUGUUCGGCUUUCCAGUAAAGAGUCUUAACGAAGCAAACGGAAAUACGGAGCUGCAGUUUCCAAGUGACCACUGGGGAAUCAGGGCAACCCUGAAAUUCAGAGUAUAUAGCGAAGAAGAAGAUGAGACUCCAGCGAGACCUUCGUGGUUUGAGUUUAUUGACGUCCAAACAACUCAUCCUGAUUUUCACGACCCUGCAGAUCUGAAAUUAUGUCUCGCAGAUAGGUCAAUUUUCCCAUCUCCAGAAGACGCAGAGAAGAGGAAGGCUGCCUUCAAGUAUUUGAAGCACCUCAUACUGCAUGGCUCGCUCCCGGAGUCGGGCGAAACUCACGAGACUGGGCGGUCGAACUUCUCCUUUAUAGUCACGGCAGUUGGUUCUUACGGUUUAGGUGUGUGGACUAACUCGUCAGAUGUUGAUUGUUUAUGUGUUGGACCGGUUAGCUCGACAACGUUUUUUGAACUCGCUAUGCAAAGACUCCGAAAGGGAGCGGAUUCUGGUGUAAAAAUCCUGAGAAAGGUCAAGGCGGCCACUGGAACAAUGUGGGAACUUGAAGUCAACGGAGUGAAAUUCGAUUUGCAAUACUGCCCAGCGGGAGCGGUGGCGGAGAGAUGGCUGGAAGUAUCUCACCUACCUCGAGCCGAUCCACUAUUUGAUCUGGCAUAUCUUUCUUUGGUGAAACUUCAACCCUACCGUGACCAAACAUAUCUUCAAAGAACAAUCAAGAACCCAGCUAUGUUUCGUUUACUGCAUAGGGUCAUCAAGGCGUGGGCAAAAAGCCGUGGCAUUUACUCCUCAAGGUUUGGAUAUCUCGGAGGAAUCCACAUCACGCUGAUGUUGUCCCGGCUUUUGAAGCUCCUUCCCCCUAAUACUACCAGUGUUGCAGAUAUCCUCCGCACAUUCUUUAACCAUUACGCAGACUUCUAUUGGAUGGAAGGCAUGGUGUACGACAUGAAUUUCCAUAGGAAACAGCCUCGGUACAAUAGAUCGCCACGGGAGUGUAUGGUUAUACUGACGCUUCAUUACCCGAUUAUGAAUGUGGCACGCACUGCUUCAAUAUCCUCAAUGAGGACGAUUGUAGAUGAAAUGAAUAGAGCGGAUACUCUCAUUUCAGAGGGGAGGUUACGUUGGACAUCACUUGUUGGGAUUGCGCCCCAAGCUGGGCAACCGACAUUAUCUAAUUCUGCUGAUGAAUUCUUGAAAUCCUAUAAUAGGUACAUCAAGAUCAAUGUGCAAUAUUGGGGUCUAUCUUUGGCGAAAGGAAGUUCACUAAUUGGGUGGCUUGAGUCAAGGUGUUUGUUGCUUCUUGCUGACAUCCAUCGAAAACUUCCAGAUCUCCAGACCAGAAUCUGGCCGGCUAGGUUCACGCAGAACGAAGAUAACAACAAGAACACUCCGACACAAGAAGAGCGCGAAUAUCAAGGUUGCUAUCUCAUUGGCUUGGCAAAGGCAGAUGAAAGAGCAGAUCCAGCAAACGCCGCGAGUAAACCGGACCGUAAACUUGCUUGGGACACAUUGAAAGCCUCUCUGGAUCAAUUCGCAAGCCUUAUCCGGAACGAUAAGAAAUACUUCGACUCGACUUUUGCAUGGGUGGACGUUUCACAUGUCAAACAGGCAGAUCUAGGGCCCCUCGAAUUGGACAGCAGAGAUUGGGGGGAUUACACCAUUCAAGAUGGCGAUUUUGAUGAAAACUCUGACUCCGAAGUCGACGAGUUGGACCUUCACCUAGACGAGGACGACGGAGCUACCGCUGAAACUCAACUCCUCUUAUCCACAAGCAGGAGAAACAUCCACAAAUCCGGAGCAGCAGCCAACAAGCCUGUUUCAACAGCAAAACUACGCCCGGCUUCCGACAUCCUCAACCGUCUCCGCUGGGACCCGUCGCAUGACAGUUCGGAAUAUGUCAUUGGCUAUGAGGAUCGGUUCCUUGGCGCGAAGGAGAUUCCGCUUGAUAGGUGGAAGACAGAGCAGACGGACGAGGAGUUCAUUCCGCUGCAUCGGAUUUUGUAUUUCAAGCGAAAGGGAGAUGGGAAGGUUGUAUGGGAUCGCGAGGCGAGGAGCGAUGAUAUUUUUGGAAGUGGAGUGGGGAGUAAUAUAUAG